AUGAAAAAGAUUUCGAUAUCGCAUCUUCAAAUAUUCCUCAGCCUUUUCUAUGCUCUCCAAAAUAUAUUAUGUCAAAAUUCCCCCUUUCUACACGAACCAGAAGAUGUUAGCAUAAGUGUUGGAGGGAGUGUGAUAUUAAAAUGCGUGAUUAGACCCGAUGUCGGCAGAGCAUUCUGGGUUAAAGAUGGAGUCGCGCUUUAUGAUCUAACUAAUAACGAUAGGUAUUCUUAUAUCGGAAAUCAAAACAAGGGUGUUUACAAUUUGCUUAUUGACAAUGCAUUAAUGAAUCAAGAUAGCGGGAGAUGGCAAUGCGCAGUGACAAAUGGGUAUCCUCAGACAUCCAGGAGUGCAAUUUUAAACGUUGUUCAAAAGUAUACCAAUAUAGAAAAGCCACAUACGAUCGCAUAUUAUAAGCCUUCGAUUAAUCAAACCGCAGCUUUCCACUACUGCACACAAGAUCGAAUCUUGGUGACUUUCGAUUUUCCUUUUCGAUUGAACAUCACGUUAAUCGGUAGAGGAUCCGAAUGCUCGUUGCAAAUUUAUGAAAUGGAAACUGUUUCCCUAUUUAUACCUUAUUACGAUUGUAAAACGACAAUUGCCAGCUAUAAAGAAGAUUCACAAGUUCACUUCUCAUCUAACAUUAUGUUAAAAUAUGGAGACAUCCAAAUAACUUACUAUUUCAGCUGCGCAGUUCCUAGAUAUGACAUCCGAAAGUAUUACACUACCAAGAGAAGGGUUUUUGAUCUAUCACCACAAGCUGUUCCAUAUAAACGAUCUCUGCCAAAUGAUUGUCCAAUCAGGAUAAAUAAUACAGAAUUCACAACCAAAGUUACAUGUGAUCGUAAUAGUUUCACCAUAUCUUUAUUAUUCUUGAGACCUUUUACCGGGAUAAUCAAAAUCCCCGAAAAUGGAGAAUGCUUUCACCAAAUAACGGACCAACGUAAUUUCACCAAAUCUUUUGGAUUUGAUCAUUGUGGCUCUCAAAAAUUAUCUCAGAUAGAAGGCAAUGUGACGAAAUUAACAGUCUCCAAUAAUAUUUAUAUCGAAGAACAUUGUACAGUGGGUUCAUCAAUGCGUCAAAUCUAUAAUUGCAUAAUAUACCCAUAGGCAUAGAGGA